CUUCACAACCAGCCUCCACCAACAAACCCCCACAUUUUCCCUGACUUUCUCUCGAACCAAACAUGCUCAUUCUCGUCUGCCUCCUCCUCCUCUUCCCCUUACAUUCUCCUUGUCACUCCUCACCCAUCACAGAACUCGACCUCCUGUUGCAAAUAAAGGCCUCUCUGGACCCUCAAGACAAGUUCUUGACCUCAUGGACUUCCGAUUCGGACCCAUGCACCGGGUCCUUCGAGGGCGUGGCGUGCAACGAGUUCGGAAAUGUGGCUAACAUUUCGCUUCAAGGGAAAGGUCUCUCCGGGAGUUUACCGGCUGCUCUGGGUGGGCUGCGAAACCUGACGGGGUUGUACCUGCAUUUCAACACUUUGAAUGGGGAGAUACCUGCGGAGGUUUCCCAGCUAAGCCAGCUUAGUGAUUUGUACCUUAAUGUGAAUAAUCUCUCCGGAGAAAUCCCUCCCCAGAUUGGCAACAUGCCUAAUCUUCAAGUUCUGCAGCUGUGUUACAAUAAGUUGACUGGGAGUAUACCUACGCAGUUGGGGUCUCUCAAUAAGCUUAGUGUUCUUGCUCUUCAGUACAAUCAACUAACUGGUGCAAUUCCUGCUAGUUUGGGGAAUCUAGAGUCACUAACAAGGCUUGAUGUGAGUUUUAAUAACCUGUUUGGGUCAGUUCCCCUCAAAUUAGCUGAUGCACCUUUGCUGGAAGUUUUAGACAUCCGUAACAACACCCUUUCCGGCAAUGUGCCUCUAGCACUGAAGAGAUUGAAUAGUGGAUUCCAAUAUGGAAAUAACCCAGGCUUAUGUGGUGCUGGGUUUCCUCAGUUGAAUGUUUGCACAGCUUCUGGUCAGCUUGAUCCAUACAGACCUGAACCGUUCAAACCUAAUGGUAGUUUGACGAGGGAUAUUCCAGUUUCAGUGAAUUUACCAUCAAACUGCACUGAGGCACACUGUUCGAAUCCCUCCAAAAUCCCAAAGAUUGGUGUCAUAUCUGGUGUAGUUGGAGUUUUCAUUCUAUUGACUAUCACUGGAAUUUUUGCAUUCUCAUGGCACCGUCGCCAAAAGCAGAAAAUUGGAAGUGCUUUUGAUUCUUCUGAUGGACGUCUUAGUACUGACCAGGCGAAGGAGGUUUAUAGAAAGAGUGCCUCUCCUCUUAUCAGCCUUGAGUACUCCAAUGGUUGGGACCCACUGGCCAAAGGUCGGUGCGGAAAUGGGUUUUCUCAAGAAGUUCUCGAGGGGUUUAUGUUCAAUUUAGAAGAAGUAGAGCGUGCAACUCAGUGUUUCUCAGAGGUGAAUCUGUUGGGGAAGAGUAAUUUCUCUGCUACUUACAAGGGAAUCCUGAGGGAUGGGUCUGUUGUUGCUAUAAAAUGCAUUGCAAAGUCAAGUUGCAAGUCUGAUGAAGCUGAGUUUUUGAAGGGGUUGAAGAUAUUGAUCUCACUCAAACAAGAAAAUCUGGUGAGAUUGAGAGGAAUUUGCUGCUCCAAAGGCAGGGGGGAGUGUUUCCUGAUCUAUGAUUUUGUUCCAAAUGGGAACCUUCUGCAGUAUCUUGAUGUGAAGGAGGGCAGUGACAAAGUACUUGAUUGGUCAACUAGAAUAUCUAUCAUAAAUGGCAUUGCCAAAGGUAUUGGGCAUUUACAUGGGAAUAAAGGAAGCAAAUCGGCUCUAGUUCAUCAGAACAUAUCAGCUGAGAAGGUGUUCAUGGAUGGACAAUAUAAUCCAUUGCUUUCAGAAUCAGGCUUCCACAAACUCCUUGCAGAUGACAUUGUCUUCUCCAAUCUCAAGGCCAGUGCUGCCAUGGGAUACCUUGCUCCUGAGUACACAACCACUGGCCGCUUCACCGAAAAGAGUGAUGUAUAUGCAUUUGGAAUGCUCAUAUUUCAGAUCCUUAGCGGCAAACGAGAGAUCUCCCAUCUGACUCGACAUGCAACUGAGUCGGGCAAGUUUGAAGAUUUUAUUGAUAGAAAUCUUGAGGGGAAGUUCUCAGAAUCUGAGGCAGCGACACUUGGAAUAAUUGCUAUCUCCUGCACUCAUGAAUCUCCAGAUUACAGGCCUUCCUUGGCAACUGUGACUCAAGAACUGAGUGGACUUUCAGGCAAUUUGUAACUUUCUUAUGGAAUCUUAGAGUCUUCCCUCAAUUUUCAAA